AUGAAGAUGGUCUCGGCGCUGCUUCUGCUGAGCACCCUCCUGGGUACCCCCGCGGUGCCUUCCUGGCGUCCCUCUUGUUACAAGAGGGCCCUCAAAGACCACAACUGCCACAACAUCCCCGAAGGCACGCAGAACCUUCGACAAAUCAAUGAUGGUCUGCAAGAUCACUUUUGGGAAGGGAAGGGCUGCGAGGUGAUCUGUUACUGCAACUUGAAUGAAUUGCUCUGCUGCCCAAAGGAUAUUUUCUUUGGACCAAAGAUAUCUUUUGUGAUCCCCUGCAACAGUCAGUGA